GGCCUGGUAGUGUCGCUGUCAAAAAAGAGGCACGGCUUGUUGGCUGGGUACCUUCUUGACUAAAAUCGUCGAGGUGACACAACGCUUCCUCUUCUAUCGCUGUCGUAAGGCUGAAAGGACUCUGGUUGAAAUGUCGUCCCACAAAACCUUCAGGAUCAAGCGCUUCUUGGCCAAAAAGCAGAAGCAAAACAGGCCUAUUCCUCAGUGGACCAGAAUGAAGACUGGCAAUAAGAUCAGGUACAACUCCAAGAGGAGACACUGGAGGAGGACAAAGCUGGGCCUGUAAACGUUAAACAGAAUCCAUACUCCUUUCCAUCAAAGACCUCCAGCUGCCAGCAGGGAGAUGCUCCAUGCUGGAUGGAGCCACAGCUGUUUUGUACACUCUGGUUCUACAUUUGUUUGAAAAUUAAAGAUCUGCAAUCAAACAUA